AAAGCACUGCAAUAUAACCUUUUUGGCCCUAGUAUUCAUGUUAAAGAAGGAAUGCAAUACCCAACCAUAAGUCAACUCAAGGCUCUAAUAUUCUUACCGAUGCACCACGAUGGACCUAGAUCAUACAGGGCCGCCACCUGCCUACUAUGACAGCAGCUCACCACGGCUGGCGGAGGCGUCUCCUCCAGAUUAUGAAACUCUUGUUUCCCGUACUCCUUUUCCCCUGAGCCAAACACCCAGCACCCUUGAUCCGGCAGAACCCACAAUCCUCACCAUCGAUGGCAAGUACAUUUUCUCGUCCAAGUGUCCUGACCGCCCACUCUAUAGUCUCUCUCAUGAGCUGGACGGUCAUGAACUAGGGGCUGGCAUACUGGUAACGCGACUUGGAAAGAAGAAGCGGGACCUUGAUAGUAUAUCUCAGAGAUAUCAAAUCCCUGGGAGUGAUAUCUCCAGGCAGGAUGUAUUUGCUCUCCUGAAAACAGCACAAAUUUUUUCCUCCACUGGGGGGUUGCUCAUAGAUGGACGGAAAUGCCCUUCCGACAAACUUGGAAAAAUGAGCAAGUGCAUGACAAGAUACGGUUUCGGAUGGACAGCUGGUGGAGACGGCUUGCCUUUCUUGGAAGCUCGGCCAACUCUCUUUGUGGAGAGAAAGCAACAAAGUGACCCGGAUGCUAGUGGAGAGGCCAAUGGGCGAUAUUAUGAAUGGAGACUAAAAGACAAGGUAAUAAGGCCGAAAGACAAAGCAGAGGACAGAGAGGGGACGCUCCUUGCGAUCGAGACCAGAAGACGCUGGGACACUGAGAAUAAAGUGGAAAUUACUAAACCAACACUGGAGCUAAAAACAGAUGUUGAUGCUCUGGAGUUGAAGGUCUUCGAUUUUUUCGUUGCUGCGUGGUGCAUGCACAAUUGGCGGGAAGCAAGGGACAUCACAAAGGAGUCUUUGACAUGGAACGAGUUUAAGGAGCAGGCUAAAGUGACGAGGAGAAAAAAUGCUGAACGACGGAAAAGGAAUAUCAACGGCUUCGGUGUAAUUGCAGCAGGGUCAAUAUUUUAAACAAUGCGCGAAUAAAAAGCACUGAGGAAGCAACUGUGAUUCGGCCCGUUUCGACAAGGGGGAUUUAUAACUCCAAGGGCCUUCGCCUUCAACUCAUGGCACUCGCCAUAACCACCUGCAAUGGACCGUCGGGUAUCGUUACAUGACAUGGUUAUUGUAUCUACCAAGAAAGUCGAUUUUACGUUGAACUCUGUUAACCCAAGGUUUUUCAUGUUAGCAUCCGUUUCUCACUGUCGUGUGUCUUUAAAUAGGCCAUAUUGAUCUUCCUAGUGUUCUACUUUUUCCACUUUCAUUUUUAAACGCCCCCACCUCUGUAUGCACAUUUCGCAAAUAAUUGGCUGCACAUCUUUAUAGGUCUUGACAGUGCACUUGUGUCUUGCUUUUAUUUCUUUCUGGUCUUCCAUUCCAUGUGCUGCUUGAUAUAAUGUCUGGGCCAUGCAAUUCCUGAUAGUGCAGUGAAACAGACAUCUCCGAUCGAUGACGUUCAGGAUAGUCAAAUCCUACCACCCAGUGGAGCCUGCUAAAGGUUCCCCUAACAUCUACCUAUACCCACCAAUUUGUCCUGGGCCAUGUGAUGAUGACCCCUACUGGCCUUAUGUUAAGAUGGCUGUGUUUGGUACUUUGCGUUAUUAUUUAAUACGGGAUAUGAACAAGCGCCUUUGCGAUAUAAAAUACUGAAUAUAUAUACUAGUAUCCUGUAUAUAUAUCCAGAUGCUAAGCGGUUUUACACCCACCAGCUUGUCAUUUCGAUAUCACCGGCUUCAUAAUAGCUACUUCUUCUCUUCUC